AUGCCACUCUUCUCGGCACGCUCCGGUGUAAUGAAGCAAUUCGAUGCUCCAGAGUCGAAUAAAACGUGGGACUCAAAACCGCCCACUAACAAGGUUGAUAUAGUGGCAAUGGCCUUAUACACCGGAGGGGUUGGGGUGUAUUGGGCUGCAGCCCUAACAGUACCGGGCCGGCGGUGGGCCGAGUCGGUGCGACUCGGUGUCGAACUAAAAACAAAAGAUUUAGAGAAAGUUAAAGAUGAUGAAGAGAACAAAGAGGAUGACGAGGACGAGGAUGAAGAUGACGAGGAUGAGGAUGACAUGUUCGAUUGGUGUGAUGAUUCAGACGGAGCAUCCUCGGGUGAUGAGGACUUUACUUUUCAUGGGUUGGCUCUUGAAGGUGUAGAGAAUAAGAAAAAUUAUGAAGAGUAA